AUGAAAACUCUAUUCAGAUCGCAAGACUUGUGGGAUCUUGUGGAACAAGGAAUCAGCGAGGCAAGUCAAGACGAUGCAGGAAGAAAGGAGACCCAGAAGAAAGAUGCAAAAGCCCUAUUUUUCAUCCAACAAGCCAUAGACGAAAUCAUUUUCUCGAGAAUUGCAGCAGCAACCUCAGCAAAUGAGGCAUGGAACACUCUCAAAACAGAAUACCAGGGAUCGGCCACGGUGAUCACGGUGAAGUUGCAAUCCCUCCGACGAGAUUUCGAAACAGCUACCAUGAAGAAUCAAGAAACAAUACAAGAGUACCUUGCAAGAAUUUCAUCCACUGUAUGCCAAAUAAGAGCAUAUGGAGACAAGAUUACUGAUGAAACAGUCGUGGGAAAAAUAUUGAGGCGCCUCCCUUCUAAAUUUGACCACGUAGUUGCUGCCAUUGAAGAGUCUAAGGACCUUUCUACCUACACUGUUGACGAACUUAUGGGAUCAUUACAAACCCAUGAGGUCAGAAUCAAUAGGAGUACCACAAGAGAGGAAGAUCAAGCGUUCACCAUUCAAGAAGACAACUUGAGGUUCUCACCCAACAAAGGCAGAGGUAGGGGCUCUUCAAGAGGAAGGGGCCAUGGCAGAAUGAGCCCCUCACAGUGCACACACUUCAACAAAUAUGGACACACAAUCGACGUAUGUUGGAGCAAACAAAAAGAGGCACAGUAUGCUGAAGGAGAAGAGGAAGAUUACUUGUUUAUGGCUACUGAAAAUUCACAUGAUACACCAAAAGAUAUUUGGUAUCUCGACAGCGCCUGCUCGAUGCAUUUAACAGGCGUUAGGUCAAAGCUCAGACAUUUUGAUGCAAUACACAAAUCCCGAGUUAAACUUGGUGACAACUGGUGCACUGUACAGAGGCAAGAUGGAGAAGUAAUCUUAGAAGCCAAAAUGACUCCGAAUAGAAUGUUCCCGGUGAAGUUUACCA